AGGGGGUAACCUGCUCCUGCGGUCGUUGGCCUCACUCCGUGCUCGACUUCACAGCUACCGGUAGGAUGAGCGCUGCAGACUUCCCCGCCGAGGGAGUGGCAGAGGCUGUCGCGCCACCGGCAGGACCACGGCCAUCGGCGGCCCGCGCCGUACGGCGGGGAAGCUCUUGUGGCGACUCCCGCACCAACAGGUCGGCAUUUGAGGAGCAGCACGUAGACGUGAGAGACGCAGAGCGUCGUGAGCAGCAGCAGCAGCAGCAGCAGGCGCAGGAGGAGGAGGAGGAGCAGGAGCAGGAGCAGCAGCUAGCGCAAGGGGGAGGAGGGUCGGACUCUUCCUCUUCCCAGCUGUACAUCCUCUACGGGGAAGACGAAGAUUGGACAGAAGAGGAAGAGGUGGAGGGCAAGAGGAGCAAGUGGAAAAGAAUCUGGACGAUGGGGACGUCCAGUUCCAGGCUGGAAAAAGCACUCGGAGAAUUCCCCGAAUGUGAACGAUACUUCGGCCUCGAGAAUUUCGGCAAUACAUGCUACUGCAAUAGCGUUUUGCAGGCCUUGUAUUUUUGUGUGCCAUUCAGAGAACAUUUGCUGGAGUACUUUGGAAAGUGCAAGGGAUUCCCAGAAGCUGAUGAGAACCUUCUUACCUGUCUAGCUGAUCUCUUUGGACAGAUUAACAGCCAGAAACGGAAAACGGGUGUCAUUGCUCCAAAGCGCUUCGUUCAGAGAGUGAAGAAGGAAAACGAACUCUUCAGAAGUUACAUGCAUCAGGAUGCCCAUGAGUUUCUCAACUUUCUCCUGAACGAGUUGGCAGACAUCCUUGCCCGCGAAGCAAAGGGGAUCUCCAGUCUCAGUGGAAAUGGUACGAACAGUGCGAAUGGGGGAUUUACACCUGGCACAAGUAGCAGUGCUUCUUCACGAACUGGUGGUGCUAACCAGCCUAGCGUGAAUAAUGGGAGAAUCCCUGGUUCGGGUGGCAGCGGGGGAGGCAGCAGUGGAGCAGGGACCCCUUCGUCAUCAGGUGGUAUCGGAGGGAAGGGUCUGCAUAUAUCGACGUCCCAAUCCCAACUGCAGUUCCAAUCAAAUGUAAGCGGGGCCGGAGCUGCAAGCAGUGCUGCAAAUGGCUUAGCAAAUGGAAAUAGUAGCGGCAGGCCAAACGGGAUGUCAGGGGGACCAGUGGUGACAUGGGUACAUGAGAUCUUUCAGGGAACUUUGACGAAUGAGACGAAAUGCUUGUGCUGCGAGACAGUAACCGCAAGGGAUGAAACUUUCCUUGAUCUAAGUCUUGACAUUGAACAAAACAGUUCUAUCACCAGCUGCCUACGGAACUUCAGCUCCACGGAGACUCUCAAUGCGGAGGACAAAUUCUUUUGUGACAGAUGCUGCAGUCUCCAGGAAGCUCAAAAGAGGAUGAAGAUCAAAGUUCCACCUCGGAUUCUAGCUCUUCACCUGAAGCGAUUCAAAUAUAUUGAGCAAUUGGGCAGAUAUAAGAAGCUUUCUUAUAGAGUUGUAUUCCCAUUAGAGCUCAAGCUAUGCAACACGACCGAUGAUGCGCCAGGUUCUGAAGCGGAAUACUCCCUCUUUGCAGUGGUAGUUCAUGUUGGUAGUGGACCUAAUCAUGGCCACUAUGUCAGCCUUGUGAAAAGUCACAAUCACUGGUUGUACUUUGAUGAUGACAAUGUUGAGCCAAUAGACGAGUCAACGGUGCAAACUUUCUUUGGAUCAACUCAGGAGAUGUCGAAUAAUACAGAUCAUGGUUACAUUCUCUUCUACGAGUGUCAGAAGCCAGAGCUGCUACAGCAACAGUCAGCCCAACAUCAGUGAAGCUGCUAGUCCCCUUCUAAGCCUGGGUAGUUCACCAGUUCAAAGCUUAGGCUCUCUGGUGAAUGUGUGGGGACCACAUCAAAUCCAUGCACCAUGCCUGCGUUCUUUGCAUGAUGGCGGCAAGAGCACGGAGAGGAUGGGCUCGUCUCUUCAAUUGGCAAAUCACACAGCUUUUCCCAAGCAUCGGGAGGUAUCCUUUGUCAUCGGGGGAUAUGGGGAUGGGGCCAGAGGGGGGUGGAUGGAGAGGGGGGUGGGGCGUGACCAGGAUGGAUUGAGCGGCUGGAGUGGUGAUGAUCAUGAUGGGCAUCGGAUGGCGAAACACGUUUGGUGGUGCGGCACUUUGGGCCUCUGCACUGUCCUUCCUUGUCAUCUCAUCGCGUGGAAAUAUCAUCAUCACCACCACCACCACCACCACCACCACCAUCGCUUUUACCUCUUCAAGUAGCAGGCGCGCAUUGUGGACGGAAAAGGGCAGCGUCGUCAUCGUGCAAAAGCGGCAGAGCUUUUGUUCAUGAUGUUGCUUCAAGCUCGAAGAUGGAUAGGGUGAGCUAGUAUCUGGAUCGUCUGGAACGGGCCCGCCGUCAUGCGAAAGUAGUGAGGUUCGGUCCUCCUCAUUUCCACGCUUCUGGAUUUUUCUCCUCUAUGUUAAACAAAAUGACAUUGCCGGUUUUUCCAACUGUCUGCCAAAUCCACGACAACAAAUCAAAAGAACAUGAGGGGGAUGCUUGCUGUGCAUACUUGGUCAUGUCUUUCGACAAAGACAUUGUUGCGAUAUGAGAGCGGGGGUUCGUGUACCGCAUCCGUGCUGCAUUUGGAAUUGCCCCGAGAGUGGUGGGUGGUUGUUUUUGAAGCAAGCAAUUAUCACAACAGUUUCUUGCUGUGCGGAAUCGUGAGGCGUAGGUUAUCGAAGCUAACAUCAAAUGUCAGCCUCACAAUCUGAGCGCACGAUCGAGGACCGCUUCUUUCUAAUGUUUUCAGGUUGUCAGAGAAUGAUGAUGAGACUGGAGGAGAGGGAGGAGUGAGACGAGAGGAGGAGGUUUAGCGUGCGCAUUGUGCAACGAACGGUAUGUAUGUAUGUAUGUGCAGUUUGUCUUGAUUUCGGUAGCCAGAUCCUACCGGUACUAAGACAAAAAGGCCUGGGUGCUAUGUUGGGAUUUUGAAAGAGUCCAUGAGAACAGCUUGUGAACUGCGUGCUGUCGGUAUGCGUAAGGUUUGUGCAUGUGUCAGCAUGCGUGUGUCGUCGGAAGUGGCUCAUGAUACUGGCAAGGCCAUAGCGACCAACUGUGCACAAAGUUCCGUAGCGAGGGUCCUUUGCAAGGAUCGUUGGCGUCUCCUUUUCCCCCCGCAAGGGGCGCAGGUGAGUUAGCAGCACACUGAUGUUUUCUCCAUGUGUCAAUGGAGGCUAUUGUUGACACACAGAGACACACAUGCUGAUGUGGCGACGUGUAUGUGAAAGCUAGAUAUCUGUAUUUCUGUAAAGGGCCCUUCAAAAGUUACAGCCUUGUUUACCAAGGAGGGACUUGUUGACAAAGAAAGAGCCUCAUUGCCAGAGGAGCUCAGAUGGAGACGUAUCGGGACCACCUUUAUUCGUGUGACAAAUAGUGACCAAAGCCAGAGAGGGAGCCAGAGAGGGAGGGCAAACGGGGCGGGGCGGAUGCGAAGUGAAUAUGGAAGACCAUCAGUGUAGGUGGUGAGGAUUCAGAAGGUAUAAGACAGCAGGCCUGUCCUCAGUGCAGAGAGCAGUCAUGUGCACAGAGAGCAGUCAUGUGCACAUAGAGUGUGGGUGGUUCUCUCAUGCAUGUAACGACCCAUGUCGCAUGUGAUUGGAUUGAAUUUGGUGUAACUGGAAUGGGUUCUCUCAUGCAAGUGACGACCCAUGUCGCAUGUGAUUGGAUGGAAUUGGGCGUAGCUGGAAUGGUGAGGUCACUUUCUGUGCGAGGAAGACAAACGGUGGGUGGUGGGUGUGUGGAGCAGAGAACACAGCGUAAUUGGAUUGGUAAGGUCACUUUCUGUGCGAGGAAGACAAACGGUCGGUUGGUGUGCAGGCCAUCCGCAGAAGCCAGAGCACCAUUCAAAUUCGUGACGCAUACGUUUGGGGUGAAGGGUUUCCUGUGCGCACACACACACACACACACACACAGAGAGACACAGAGAGAGAGAGAGAGAGAGAGAGAGAGAGAGAGAGAGAGAGAGGAGGUGCAAGUAUCUGUCAGAAAGCGGAAGCUCUAUUGUCUGAAUCAUGAGAUUUCUGAGGAAGGAAGGUUUGUCGGUCAGUUUUAAUCUGGUAAGCUAUUCACGUCGGUCAAUUCCGCUUCCCGCCCAGGGCAGAGAUUGAGUGACAUGAAUCAGUUUGUUGAAUUAAAGCGUGCACAAUCGCCGUUUGUUUUUUUCGUUUGUUUGAUUUUCUUUGUAGGCGCACUGCCAUCCGUCUACCUUUGGUAGCCCUGUACUGCGGAAUGUCAGAUAUCCACAUGCUAUUGUGAGACAGUUGUAGUUAUAUGCCCCUCUGUUUAUGGGCUCUGGGAAGCUGGGUCUGUAAUUGCAGGGAUCAGAUUUUAUGAAAGAGAGAGGGUUCAUGGGAGAGAGAGGAGGGGGUUGCGGAUGGAAAGCUGGCCGAAGGAGAGGCUGGAGGGGGGACAUAUAGAUGAGAAGAGGCACAAUUAGAAUCGUUCUUCCGGAGAGAACAAAGGGGAUGGAAUUGCAGAGAUGAAAGAGGGAGAUUUGGGAGGGACGAAAAGAGAUCGAUCUCCUUUGUUCUGGCAGGAGAUGUCAACUGCAAAGUGAGCAGGUGUGACAGAGACAAAGGCGAGAGAGAGAGAGAGAGAGAGAGAGAGAGAGAGAGAGAGAGAGAGAGAGAGAGAGAGAGAGAGAGGAUCCAGUAUGUCUUGUGAGAAAUGAGAGGUGGAGAAAGGAAGAGAAAAGAGGUGAUGCAAGGGGAGAGAGCAAUGAAGGAGGUUAAGAAAAGACCUUUGUGCACUCUAUUAUGGCGGAGUUUGGAUUUGUUUAUUCAGAGAUGGAGAAGGGUGGGGCAACGGGCUUGCAUUGUGACAUGGUGUAUGCAAAUUGAGGCAGCAAUAGGGGACAGGGUCCGAGAUUGGUCCCAAACGGGAAUAAUGCAGCAAUUGCGUUCAUUAUUCCAAAAAGGAGAAAGUAAAAGAGAAGGGGGGUGCUGGAAGGGCAGGAAUGUGGCUCUCCCAUGCUGCAGAGGGCAAGAAGCUUGUUGGGCACAGGAAGACGCGGUUGUUGGGAGUGACAGAAGUGCCUGGCUUUCAUGGCAGCCGCCUCC